AUGCUGAUCUGCUGGAACCUCUUCCAGGACAUUGUGGUGCGACAUGGUGAUGUGGACUGUUUGGUGGUGCAUCUGAAAUAUGUUCAGUCUUCUUAGAAUAAGCAGGGGACUCCGGAGGUCAAUUACACCUUCUAUGGCUGGUUCCAUUACCAAACAGCCAAAGAGUGCACCUCCUAUAUGUCAGAGAACGGCAUAAACACUGGAUGUAACCAGCACUAUGACUCCACAGACCGGUUCAAUACAUUUUAUACCAAACUGGUACAUGGCAACAACAGUUUUAAUACGAAGCAUGAUCUUAAAAAUAAAGUGAAGUUAAAUCCACCAGCCAACCUGACUGUCCAGAAUGACUCCAACUCUAACCUGUGGUUCUACUGGAACCAGACUCUUAGAAACUGUGUGGAUAGUGAAGUUCGCUUCAGGACCAAUAACAAGAAGUGGGAUACUUCUAGAGUCAGUACUGGGAAGCAGGAUUUCUGCAUCAAUUUGAUCUCCAGCAAUUCACAGUAUGAGCUGCAAGUGCGGAGCAAAAUGGGAAAUCUCUGUGGAGAGUCUAUAUCAGAGCAGGACAUCUCAUCCCAGUGGUCCCAAGCCAUCCCCCCGAUCUUUCAUGACGUCCAAGCACACAGGAUCAGGAUCAUCCUCAUCCCUGUGGUUCCCAAGCCAUCCCCGAUCUUUCAUGACGUCCAGGAUUGGUUUCAACUCUCUGAAGGCCUGAAAGAGAGUUCAAAGGCUAACUAUAAUGAGCGUGCCUGCCCUGUCCGUGAAUACUGCCAGGUCUCCCAGUCCGACAGCGAGAGCUCUGACAGCUCCACGUCCUCCGUCACCACCGACCAAACCGACUGCUCCGUGUCGGUCCCUGUGGACAAGUCAGACAUGUCUACCCCCUGCUCCUCUUCCACCUUCACAGUCUCAUCUGAAGAGGCAGUGCAAGUUCCCGUUUAAGAGGAAUCUCAGUCAGGGUUGAGUUUCCCAAAAC